GAAACAGAGAAACAGAGAGAGAGAGAGAGAGAGAGAGAGACUGUAGCCAACAUUACAGAAGAUAUGUGUGAUGUCUUUUUUUAAUCACACAUCUAAAAAGGAAGUGUUGUGUUUCAGAUAGCUUAAACACACACACACAGCAGCUGCUACUUCUCCUGGCUCUCUGUACCCUCAGCCAGUCUGUUGUUGACCUCUCAGUGAGCAUGUCGGGUAGUGUUAGUGUUUGGAGAGUAGUGAGCUGGAUGGUGCUGGGCAUGGUUCUGGGGCUCAGUGGUGGGGGCUCAGCCCUGAAGAUCUGCACCUUCAACAUCCAGUCCUUUGGAGAGAAGAAAAUAGAGAAGCCAGAGGUGGUUGAUGUCAUAUUGGCUCUGAUCGCUCGCUGUGACAUCAUGCUGGUGAUGGAGAUUAAAGAUCUCAGUGCGAAGGCUUUCCCUCAGCUCAUGACUCAACUCAACAGUGACUACAGCUCCAGGAAGAAUGAGUAUAACUAUGUGAUCAGUGACAGACUGGGACGUAAGUCCUACAAGGAGCAGUACGCCUUUAUCUACAGACAGAGGCUGGUGUCAGUGAAGGAAGUGUACCAGUAUCCUGACACCCAACCUGGAGAUGAGGAUGCCUUCUCCAGGGAACCUUUCAUCGUCUGGUUCUCUUCCCCCAAAACAGCCGUCCAGGACUUUGUGAUCAUCCCGAUCCACACCACUCCAGAGACGUCCGUCAGGGAGAUAAAUGAACUGUAUGAUGUGUUCCAAGAUGUCAAACAACGAUGGACCUCAAAGAAUGUGAUCAUCAUGGGCGACUUCAAUGCGGCCUGCGGCUACGUACCCAAGAAGCAGUGGAGCAGCAUCCGCCUGCGGUCUGACAGCAGCUUCCUGUGGCUGACGGGUGACACCAUCGACACCACCGUCAAGGAGUCCACAGACUGUGCCUAUGACAGGGUUGUCCUCCACGGGGACAAGAUGAUCCAGGCAGUCAACCCAACCUCUCUGGAUGUGUUUGACUUCAGACGGGCCUACGGACUAACCGAGCUACAGGCCCUGGCGGUGAGUGACCACUACCCAGUGUGCAUCACUGUGAAGGCCGCUCCGAGGAAUAAGGGUUAAUGUCUUGUCCUCGUAACGGUACCGUCCUGAGGACGUCUCGGUGUCCCUCGGUGGUCUGUGUGCGUCCUGCAGUGUUUGCUUUGCUCCAGUCCAGAGCCAAUUAAUCCCAGAAGCAUGGUCACUGAGCUGCACUGUGUGCUUCAAGGUUAUUAUAGUUUUGUUUUUUAUAUUCGUUUUUAUUUCUAUUAGUAUUUUAUAUUUUUUUACUUAAUCUAGUAGUUUUUAUUCUAUUUGAGUUUUCUAAAAACAUUUCUAUUUGGUUUUUGAUAUGAUUUAGUUUUAGUGUUAGCCUGGGUGGCUAAUAGCUAGGAGGCAUGUAUGUGUUGUAGGUUGUAUUUCUAGUAGUCUCAGACCUAGAUUAUAGAUGAUUACAGAUUGCAUUACAGAUUAGAUUAUUACAGACCUAGACCCAGAGCAACAGACCUAUAGCAACAGACCCAGAGCAACAGACCUAGACCCAGAGCAACAGACCCAGAGCAAGAC